GCGAGCCUGAAGCCCGGGCUCUCCAGCCCGCCCUUGUCCCCAGGCACCUCCCGGGCUCGGCUGCUGCCCAGCUGACAGGGUCCCAGGGCGGGCGGGGCUCGCCCUCGAUGGGGGCAAUGAGUUUAGGGAGCCCGCCUCGCCCAGAGGUCCCUAGCGCGGGAGCCUCGGCAGCGCUUCGGGCCGCAGGGGCCAGCCCGGCCUCCUGCCGCACGUGUGCUGGGGAAGGGGCUUGGGGGGCUGCUGCAGCCCGGGCGGCGCUCGCGCGCUCCCCCCCCCCGCAGUCUCCACCCUACAAGUCCGGCCCGCCGGCACUCACACUCCUGCCUGCCUGAUCAGCUGCUGCCAGUGCCUCUCGUUCGGGCUGAGCCAGAGGAUGGUACCUUAGAGCAGGAGCCGCCGCCGCCGCGAUGGCUGCCCCGCUGCCAGAUUUGCAGAGGAGCGCAGGGAGGGCUGCAGAGACUCCGGCUCCCUCCCAGGAGAGCAGCAGGGACUUGGCUCCUUCCCCCUGGCUAGCCCAGCGGGCUCCUCUCAUCCCCCCUGCUGUGCCCCAUCCCCAGGCGGGGCCCCGGCUCGGGCCAGACAGGAUCAAAAAGAAAGAGCUUGGUGUGUUGGCAAUCCCAUCAAUUCCAAACCCUUUUCCUGAGCUAUGUUGCUCUCCAUUUUCAUCGGUUUUGUCAGCCAGCCUGUUGCCCAAGGCAACUUCAAGAAAAAAGCAGGUAAUUAAAGUAUACAGUGAGGAUGACACUAGCAGAGCUUUGGAAGUGCCAAGUGAUGUAACGGCCAGAGAUGUAUGCCAGCUAUUAAUACUGAAGAAUCAUUACAUAGAUGACCACAGCUGGACACUGUUUGAACACCUUUCUCGCAUAGGUCUAGAAAGAAUUAUAGAAGACCACGAGUUGGUAAUUGAAGUUCAGUCAAACUGGGGAAUCGAAGAAGAAAAUAGACUGUAUUUUAGAAAAAACUAUGCCAAAUAUGAGUUUUUUAAACACCCAGUGAAUUAUUUUCCAGAGCAUAUGGUGUCGUUGUCAAGCGAGACCAGUGGAGUGAUCGGCCACACACAGAUAUUACAGAUGUUCCUAAGUUCCAGCACAUAUCCUGAAAUUCAUGGUUAUUUGCAUGCAAAGGAGCAGGGGAAGAAAGCAUCAUGGAAAAAAUUAUACUUUCUUUUGAGAAGAUCUGGCCUGUAUUUUUCCACUAAAGGGGCAUCAAAGGAACCAAGGCAUCUGCAGUUUUUCAGUGAAUUCAGCAGUAGUGAUAUGUAUAUGUCUUUAGCAGGCAAAAAGAUGUCUGGAACACCAGCAAACUAUGGAUUCUGCUUUAAGCCUAACAAAGCAGGAGGAGCCAGAGACCUGAAGCAGCUUUGUGCAGAUGAUGAGCAGAGUAGGACCUGCUGGAUGACAGCAAUUAGAUUACUUAAGUAUGGAAUGCAGCUGUAUCAGAAUUACAUGCAACCAUAUCAAGGUAGAGGUGGCUGCAGUUCUCUGAAUAUAUCACCUAUGAGGAGCAUUUCAGAAAAUUCCUUGGUAGCAAUGGACUUCUCAGGACAUAGAAGCAGAGUUAUUGAAAAUCCAACAGAAGCCCUUUCAGUUGCAGUUGAAGAAGGGUUAGCAUGGCGGAGAAAAGGGUGUUUACGACUCAAUACACAUGGAAGUCCUACCACUUCUCAAAGUGCCACAUCCAGUGUAGCUAUACAUAGAACACAACUGUGGUUUCAUCAUAAAAUCUCUAGGGAUGAAGCUCAACGACUUAUUUUACAGCAAGGACUUGUAGAUGGGGUUUUCUUGGUACGGGAUAGCCAAAGUAACCCCAAAACGUUUGUAUUGUCAAUGAGCCAUGGACUAAAAAUAAAGCACUUUCAAAUUGUACCACUGGAAGAUGAUGGAAAGCUAUUCUAUACACUGGAUGAUGGUCACACCAGAUUUACUGAUAUCAUCCAGCUUGUGGAGUUCUACCAGCUCAAUAAAGGAGUAUUACCUUGCAAGUUAAAACACUAUUGUGCCCGAAUUGCUCUUUAACCAAAACCAAGUUGGUUCACCAAAUAGAAAAAAGGAGAUGCUAGAACACUUUUCCAAGGCAAUUCCUGGGGGGGGGGGGCGGAAGAGUCAUUAUAUUGAAAUAGUUGUGAAUUUCAGAUGCAAAGAAAAGUUUAUAUGCUCUGUACAGAAAGUACUUUGCAUUCUAAUUGUCACUGCAAAAUAACUUUACAGUCAAAUGAACUUCAGAAAAAAAUAUUUCAUGUGAAAUUAUGUAAUGUUGCAGCACUGGAAUCUUUUUCAAAUGCAAACAGAUAUUUUUAAUAUUAUGCAACUUUAUUUACCAAAAUAAAAUUGGAGAGUGCCUCCUUGUUAGUAAUAGAUGACUAAUAAAUGAGUUAAUUGCAUUCAGAAAUACUCUACACUGUGGAAUAAAAAUUUUGUGUAACAUCAACUUUGGGUGGAAAAAACUAGAAGCUGGAUUGUACUUAAUUUGUAAUAAAACAAUUAUUUUGCAC